AUGCCGCUCAUCAAUGAAGCGCAUGACUCGCUCCCUUACGUGGAUGCCCAGCCCUCAGCCUCUGCGCGCCAUCAAGCCCAGCAGCUCAUCAACGCCGAGCUAGCUCCCGAACACGCCUCGACCCUCCACCCCACAAUUCCAGAGUCCCCAGAGCCCAAGUUUACACCCCUUUUUCAACAAGAACUUUCACGCAAAGCCACCGGCACCCCUCUCACCGGCGGCAUCGACCUCUCCCGCUAUGAGGCCCCCGACCCACCAACCCGCAACUCAGAUGAUGAAGUUCCCAAUUUAUCCGAAUGGUGCGAAACUCUGCGAAAGGCUUACACGUCCAGUUUGCAUCUGACAAAGCGCCAUGAGAACCUGGCGCUACUGGAAGAGAGCGGCAAGAACGCCUGGUUGAUCGGCAACUCGCAACUGGAAGAAAUCCUGCGCGACCUUGAGAAAGAGCUAGCCGAGACCAAGGAUGCGGCGGAAGAGGUGAACAAGCAGCGCAAGAUCGCGCAGGAAGGCAGCUUCGGCGAGAUUGUUGGGCUGGAGGAGACGUGGAAGCGAGGCGUUGGCUCGAUUCUCGAUGUGGAAUUGGCGUCUGAAGGCUUGCGCAUGCAGAUCCUGGAGCAUCGGCGCCAGGUAGCGCAACAGCAGAUCCGGUAA